CUUGAACGCCUUUUGUAGGUGUCGUUGGUCGUUAUUUGAAAAAUGAGCCUUUUGAUGAUAAGUGAGAAUGUUAAACUAGCACGGGAAUAUGCCCUUCUAGGAAACUAUGAUUCUGCCAUGGUCUACUAUCAAGGUGUCCUUGACCAGAUGAAUAAAUACUUAUACUCUGUGAAAGAUACCUUCCUACAACAAAAAUGGCAACAGGUUUGGCAGGAGAUAAAUAUGGAAGCUAAGCAUGUAAAGGAUAUAAUGUCGACACUGGAAGGUUUUAAACUGGACAACUCUCCCGUAAAGACAACACAGCAUGAAUUCCCAGCACAUGAUGGAGAGGUGUGGUCUUUGCCAGUACCUGUUGAAAGGAGGCCUUCACCAGGACCACGGAAGCGUCAGUCUGUUCAGUGCAAUGACAACAAAUCUCAUAAUAACCGCUUUGGUGCAGGGAAAGGUCCAAAUCUUCCAUCUUCUAAAAAUACAAAUAAUGUAAAAAUGAAGCCUGUUCGAGCCCGUGAAAAGAAAGAUACUUUUUUAAAAGUAAAAGAUGAAAAGAAUAAAUCAUCUGUGGAUGUGUCAGAGACUGAAGUGAAGAAAUUUGAUGGUACUGGUUAUGAUAAAGACUUGAUAGAAGCGUUGGAGCGAGAUAUAAUUUCACAAAAUCCAAAUAUCCGAUGGGAUGACAUUGCAGAUUUGGAGGAAGCCAAGAAACUGUUAAAGGAAGCAGUGGUACUUCCAAUGUGGAUGCCAGAGUUCUUUAAAGGCAUAAGGAGACCAUGGAAGGGAGUGCUAAUGGUUGGGCCUCCGGGAACAGGGAAGACUCUCUUAGCCAAGGCAGUUGCCACAGAGUGCAAAACAACAUUUUUUAAUAUUUCCUCAUCUACACUUACAUCCAAAUACAGAGGAGAAUCUGAGAAACUAGUACGUCUGUUAUUUGAAAUGGCAAGGUUUUAUGCUCCAACAACAAUAUUCAUUGAUGAAAUUGACUCCAUAUGCAGCAGAAGAGGCACCUCAGAAGAGCAUGAAGCAAGUCGAAGAGUAAAAGCAGAACUUCUUGUUCAGAUGGAUGGUGUUGGUGGUGCAUCUGAAAAUGAGGACCCAUCUAAAAUGGUAAUGGUUCUUGCAGCAACCAACUUUCCAUGGGAUAUCGAUGAGGCUUUGCGGAGACGCUUAGAAAAAAGAAUAUAUAUUCCUUUGCCAUCAGCAAAAGGAAGAGAGGAGCUUCUACGCAUAAAUCUCAAAGAGCUGGAGCUGGCAGAUGAUGUCAACAUUGAGUGUAUAGCAGAAAACAUGGAUGGAUACUCUGGUGCAGAUAUUACCAAUGUGUGCAGAGAUGCAUCGCUAAUGGCUAUGAGGAGACGAAUUGAAGGUUUGACACCAGAAGAAAUUCGAAAUCUCUCCCGAGAUGACAUGCACAUGCCCACCACAAUGGAAGACUUUGAAAUGGCUUUAAAAAAAGUGUCUAAAUCUGUUUCUGCUUCUGACAUAGAAAAAUAUGAAAAGUGGAUUGAGGAGUUUGGAUCCUGUUAGCGUAUCUCCUCUUGUCAACAAUUUACCUAUCAAAAACAGAUCUACAUUUAGCCUUAUAUGGUUUAAAUAUAAUAGAAUAUAUCUUCAGCAAGUCCUAAAUGCCAAAUGCUUUAACCUUUUAAUAUUUAUGUAACUACAUGAUUCUAAAUGUAAUAAAAGCAAAAAUUUAUAAAAAAA